AACAAUACUUAGGGUCUGUUUCACAAUGUAUGGAUAAAGUACCAAAUAGCUAUGCAACACAUAAAUUAUUUGGAAGAUAAAAGUUCCGAAUAAGAAACUUUGCGUUUCACAAUCAUAUUUUAUCCGGCACAUAACUAUCCGACACAUAAAGAAGAUUGUGGUAGCAACACCAAAUUCGUAUGUUCCGUUUUUUUGUUACGAACAAAUAAAGUUACAAAAUUCUAUAGAAAAACAUAGAACCUUAACCUUUUUGUUGGUCAUUUAAUAUUACUUGUAAUGAAACGGGCUGUCAUUUUCACAUGGUAUUUUUGUUUGUUAGGUUAUUGAGUAUUUUAGUACAUAUUUUAGUUCGGUGCCUUCGGCUUGACCUUUCCGUUGUUUUUGUGAUUCGAGGUGGAUUCUUUAACUUAAAAAAAUGUCUACGCAAAAACGUGAAAGAAGCGUCAAUUUCAGCCGGGAAGAAGUUGAGCUUCUAACUUCGCUUGUUGCUGACCAUAAAAAUAUAUUAGAAAAUAAAAAAAGUGACUCAGUCACCUGGCAGGAGAAAGAGCAGUGCUGGAAGACGUUAGAGGCGCUGUUUAAUAGCACAAGUGGGAAAAACUUUCGCAGCGCUAAAACUUUAAAAGCUAAAUACGAAGGCUUAAAGAGGGCUACAAGAAAAAAAUCUGCCUUGAUACAUGCUGAAACGUAACGUAAAGGAGGUGGCCCUAGUGCUGCUACUCCUCUUACCCCUAUCGAGGAAAAAGUCAAAGACAUGAUAUUGUUGUCUGUCGAAGGAAUUGAAAGUCAAUUUGACUCCGAUCGCAUUGAAAGAGAAUCUAUCCAUUCAGUUGAGGCAGACGUUUGUACACAGAAGGAAGAUUCUAAUGAGGAGCAACCUCCAAAAAGAAAAAUAAGUGAAUGUGGUAGUGCUACCCCAAAAAAAUUGGCAAUUGAAAAGUGGACCAACUGGAAGCCAAAAUCUCUACGUUCCAAAAAACAUCCCGCUUUAUCUACUCCGAAGAUGAAAAGGCCAUUCGAAAAAGUUGCUGAUUCAAAAUUAGAGAUUGCGGAUCUGCAAAAGAAGAUUCUGGAGGUAGAGCUUCUAAAUAAGAGAAAGCAAUGGGCAUUUGAAGAGGAAGAAAGAGAGCAUAAAAGAUAAUUAUGGGCCAUAGAAAAAAAUAUGUUGUUAAAUAAAUUAGAAACAUAAUCGAUUUUGUGCCUGGAGCGAGGAUGUAUUGUAAUAAAAAUUUGUAUUUUUAUUUUAAUAAAAGCAUUGAAUGUU